UGUGGUUGUAGGUCACUUUAACAGCAUUUCAGAAGUGAGCUAACCCCAAACCUGACUGAACUCCUGGAAACCUCAUGCCAGCCUCUGCACGGCCACCGCUGUCUCCUGAAUAGGGCUCCACUGGAAGCACCCACAAGGGGGUGGGAGAGGCCUGGGUCUCCAUCUUUCCCUCUUACCCUCCCUGUGGCCUGGACAAGUCCUAUCCACCCCCACUGGAGCUGUUCUCACUAUUUGAGAGGGACAUUGGAGGCUUUGAAGAGGAGGACACCAAGGGCAGCGUUGAGGAAGCAAAAUGGUGACCAGGGAGGAGUUUAUGGGGACACAAAAAGGAACUGUGGCUACGGUGUGGGCUGUCCCCUUUUGGGAGCUAAAGAGGAAGGAGGGACAUUAACUGAGUGUCCCGGACAAGGAGACCAGAUGGAGAGCUGGCUUCCAUGGUGUUGGGCCCAGGCAGGCCCCCUGAGCCCUCCCAGCCGCCUCAGGGCCUCCCAGCUACUCUGUUUGCUCCUGGUGCCAUGGACUCUGCAGCUGGCAGGAGGGCAGUCAGUGAUCCACACUGGCCUCCCCAUUGUGGUCUCCCUGGCCAACACAGCCAUCUCCUUCAGCUGCAGAAUCACCUACCAGUACACCCCACAAUUCAAGGACUUCACUGUCACUUACUUUCACGUGGAUCUCCAUGGUCAGAAAAGCUCAGAGGAGAAGACCAACUGCCGACCCAGCCAGGGCACAGAGAACCAGACCUUCAUCUUGGAUUGCCAGAUCAUGCCCAGGCUGCCGGACUCAUCAGCCACAGGCACCUACUACUGCUGUGUUCACUGGCCAGGCUCCAUGGUACAGGGCAAUGGAACCUUCAUCCUGGUUAGAGACAUGGGGUACCAACAGCCCCCACCCAGCUCCCAGAAGGCACUGCUUUUUGGCUUCACUGGCCUCCUGACUGCACUUAGCAUCCUGAUCACAGCUCUGCUGCUCUGGAAGAAGGUACAGGUUGAACACACAGUGACAUGGCCCCACCACUCACACCAUGGGCCUGGGGAGGCCUCUAGGGUACAAGGGCUGCCACUGCCCAGAGGGCAUCCUGGGCUCUGGGGAGGGCACAUCACUCCUAGAACAGGUAUUCCUUGGGGAUCCCUCACCAGGGCCUGAGAACCCUCCCCGGGUCCUCCCUCCCCUGCACUCCAGGCUCCUGAUCUAUUGGAAGACCCCAGAGCUCUG